GUGAAAGCGCUCAGGAAUGCGAGUCGUCAACAAGCCGCCGUCAGCUGGAGCUUGAAGGUCCCCGCGGCGGUGCAGCUGUCCGGCUCCAGAGCAGUAAUCGGCGUCAUGGCGGCGACACUGAUCGUUCUGCUGCUUGUGGCUCACAUCCUGCUCUACACCGAGUUGGUGCUGGCGGACGGCGACUACUACGACGUGCUGGGAGUCACCAGGGACGCCACUAAGCGCCAGAUCCAGAGGGCGUUCCACCAGCUGGCCCUCAAGUACCACCCGGACCGGAACAAGAGCCCAGGAGCCGAGAGGAAGUUCCGACAGAUAGCUGAGGCAUAUGAAACCCUGUCGGAUGACGAGAGGCGGCAAAACUACGACAGGUUGGACCGACAGCCUUUGCCAACAAGUGACCACAACUUCAAGCAGUUCUUCCAGUCCUUCAACUUCGAUGACGUCUUCAGGGACCCGUUUGCUCAGUGGCCUGGUCACCACGCCCACCGGGAGGCCAAGGGUGGCCGGAGGAGAGGUUCACAGCAAAGAAUGUUCGGAGACAUGUAUGAUGACCUGGACAAGCUGUUCACGUCCUUUAACGCGCCACACUCCAGGACAACAUUUGCUGGUGCGGAGCGCCACUGCAGGACAGUGACGCAGCGGCGCGGGAACAUGGUGAACACCUUUGUUGACUGCUCCUGAUAGGUGAUGUCUGCCGGGACGAUAACAGGUUUUACGACGUGGAGUUGCAAACAGAAGCUAAUCGGUUUUGAAACUUAGUUCCUGAACUGAUACUGAAUUUGUGUGUGUGAAGAUUGCUGACUGUGGAUGAUGCGUGUGGCCAGGUGUGUUGAGACAUUGAGUCUCACGAACACUGUCCACUGUAAUGGCUGCCAGUGUGCAGGUUAUUUAAGCAAUACUUAAUAAGUCUAAUUACAGUUUCGGUCCAACCCUGUAACACAGACUCUCAGGUUGGCACUAAGCAGACAUUGCAUUAAGAAUGAUAUUUUUUUAUUGUGAAGGGAGUUCAUCAUCAACUGUUACCUCUUGUGGCUAAUCUCUCGACAGAUUCCAUUUUGUCUAAUUUAAGAACAAACAUCCGUCGUCGAUCACUUUAGCAAGCUAAGCAUGAAAUCGAUGCGGCCAACGUGCAAUAUUUUGCUGUUCACUUUGCCUCUUAUAAGAAUAGUGUUAAAUGUCAGCAGCUACAGCUUCACACACAGCAAUAACUGAUGUUGAUCAGACUGGGGUGACAUUCUGACGGCUUGGAGUAACACGGUGAAGUGCUCAUCUAAAACUCAAUCAUUCGAAUUAGUCAAUAUUUUAUUGUUCAUCAGACUGCAUCAUUGUUCCUUAAUGACUGGGAAAUGGAUUAUGGAACCGUGUUAUGUUGUAAUCAUAGCAACCAUAGCAAGUUCCCUGGGCGGCCAUGCUAACCGAGUACUUCAUUCACUUUAGAUGGACGUUGGGAUGAGGAUAAGUGACAUUUCGACUGAAUCCAGUUGUACAUUUACAAACCAGAAUUAUUAUAAUCCAACACUGAACCAAGUCUGACGUUAAUUUGAAAUGUCAUUUGAAAUCCCAAAUCACAACACGUAUCCGAUUCACUGAGAAUAUGUCGGAUUAACUCAAAAUGUCCAUGAGAUCCAUGAACUGAGAUGAUCUCCAUGAUCCCAGAGGAAGUCAAGAUAAUUGGAUUAGGUGUGGACCACCGUGCUAACCUGAGGAAAAAGGGUUGACAAGCAAGUCGUCAGAAAUAUGACCAGCUGAUCAUCUGACUUACUGAUCGAUGUGUGAGCUUAGCUGCUGGGUUUUCAUGUUCGCACUUUCCGUGUUGUUUGACUUGUGAAUGAAUUCAAAUAUAGAUAUAUAUGAAUAUAACUACAUCCUUUCAUCAAUAUUUAUAUCAGAUGUGCAAAGAUUACAAUUGUAAUAAAGUAUUAA